GCAAGGCCGAGCGCCGCGCCGGAAUCCGCUCCGCUCCACUCCGCUCCGCCGCACCACGCCCUACGGGUCCAAACCGACGAAACCCUCCUUCUCCGGCGGCGAUGGCCGGCGUCGGCGCCAGCUCCAGCGGCAGCGGCGGCGGCGGCGGCGGCGGCGGCGACGUGGAGAUGGGCGGGUGGUCGGAGCUCCUCCACUCCUCCUCCAAGCUCCUCGAACAGGCCGCCCCCACCCCGCACUUUCCUCCCCUCCAGAGGAACCUGGACCAGCUGGAGGUGCUCUCCACCAAGCUCAAGGCCAAGACGGUGCGCGCCGAGGCGCCCGUGCAGUCGCUCUCCGCCACAAGGUUGCUGGCUCGCGAGGGGAUAAAUGCGGAGCAGCUCGCCCGGGACCUCAAAUCCUUCGAACUCAAGACCACAUUUGAGGAUGUUUUUCCAUCCGAAGCAACUACUGUCGAGGAGUAUCUGCAGCAGCUUCAUGAAAUGGCAAUUGUCUCGUCCAUCCAAGAAGCACAAAAGGACAACUUAAGGAGUUUUAACAAUUAUAUGAUGCAAGUUCUCGAGGACGAUUGGCAGAAGGAGAAGAGAGACUUCUUGCAGAGUCUAAGCCGACUCUCUACAUUGCCAAAAAGAAACACAAAUCUCAUGGCCACUGGGCUUUCCCGUCCCUCUUUGAUGCCAUCCUCAGCUUCCAGUCCGCAAGCUUCGUCUGGUCUGCCAUCUAAGGAAGUCAUGCCCAUACCUAACAAGACCAUAAUCGAAAAUAAAUCUUCAGUUUAUGCUGCAGUUGUGAGAGAUCUUAAUGAUGCUAGAGGGCGCAGCCUACCUUUUGGUCCUGCAACAGCUUUCAGGACUGCUUAUGAGUCUUUGUCCGUUGAUGCUAUUGGGACAAAAUCUGUGACCAUGCAUAAAGUGUGGCAUUUAAUUCAGGCAUUAGUUGGUGAAGGGUCAACUCAUCGAAACAUUUCAACAAAAAUGUCACUAGUGAUUGGUGGUAGACGACACCUUGAAUGGGGUCAUGAAAAAUACAUACUUGAGACCAUCAAUAGCCAUCCAGCUCUAGCUGCUCUUGGUGGAUCUGUCGGCAAUCUUCAGAAGAUUCGGGCAUUCCUUCGGGUACGAUUACGGGAUCAUGGUGUGCUGGACUUCGAUGCAACCGAUCUGCGGAGACAGCCACCUGUGGACACAACAUGGCAGCAGAUUUAUUUCUGCUUGAGAACUGGAUAUUAUGAUGAAGCAAGACAAGUUGCCCAAUCAUCUCGUGCUGCAUUCAACUUUGCUCCACUGCUUGUAGAAUGGAUUGCUACCAAUGGUGCUGUAUCCCCAGAGACUGCUCUGACAGCCUCUGAAGAGUGUGAGAAAAUGCUCAGAAUGGGGGAUCGACCUGGGCGCCCUGGUUAUGAUAGGAAGAAGUUGCUCCUAUAUGCUAUGAUCUGUGGCUGUCGACGUCAAAUUGACAGAUUGCUUAAAGAUCUGCCAACACUUUUCAAUACUAUAGAGGAUUUCUUGUGGUUCAAGUUGUCAGCUCUGCGGGAGUACACCGGUGCAUCUUCUUCUAAUGUUUUGAAUGAAGGCUUGGUUCCUUAUACUCUGGAGGACCUACAAAGUUACUUAAACAAGUUCGAACCAUCAUAUUAUACAAAGAAUGGAAAAGACCCCUUGGUCUAUCCUUAUGUUCUGUUGUUAAGCAUUCAAUUGCUUCCAGCAAUUCUUUAUUUAUCUAAAGAAGUUGGAGAGGAAGGGUACCAUGUUGAUGCUGUGCAUAUUUCAAUAGCUUUAUCUGAUCACGGUGUUCUCCCAGAUGGUGUUGGGUCAGGCCAGAAGAUGGGUAUCAUGGAUGCUUGUGCAGAAGCUGCAAGCAUAAUACGUCAGUAUGGUUCUAUUUACCUGCGUAAUGGCAACCUUGAUUUGGCCUUGGAGUAUUAUGCACAGGCUGCUGCUGCAAUGGGUGGAGGAGAGGUAUCAUGGAUAGGUCAAGGGAAUGCUGAUCAGCAGCGGCAGCGAAAUCUAAUGUUGAAGCAACUGCUGACAGAGAUAUUACUAAGGGAUGGUGGCAUUCAACUUUUGCUUGGUCCAAGUGGAAUGGGGGAAGAAGGAGAACUAAAGAAGUAUAUGAUGGAUUGGAGAAGCAGGCAGCAAUUCUUACUUGAAGCUGCCCAUCAGUGUCACGAGGCAGGCCUCUAUGACAAAUCAGUGGAAAUACAUAAAAGAGUCGGAGCUUUUGCGAUGGCACUUCAGACAAUAAAUAAGUGCCUGUCAGAUGCUAUAUGUGCCAUGGCACGUAGUAUGUUAGAUGGUGAAAGUCGUGCAGCUGCUCUAAUUCAUUCUGGUAACGAAAUUUUGGAGACUGCCAGAUAUUCGGAAGCCAGUGUUCAAGACAAAGACCUCAUAUCUGAGCAACAAACUUUACUGAGACAGCUUGAAGCUAUUCUCCAUAUUUAUAGGCUUGCUCGAGCUGGACAGACCGUAGAUGCUUUGAGGGAAACCAUCAAACUCCCAUUUCUUCAUUUGGAUCCUCAGGCUCCAAAUGUGACGGUUGAUGUAUUCAGAAACUUGUCACCCCAUGUUCAAGUUUGUGUGCCAGAUCUGUUGAAGAUUGCUCUAAACUGUAUGGAUAAUGUUAGAGAUACUGAUGGGACCUUACGUGCUGUCAAGUCAAAGAUCGCAAACCUUGUGGCAAGCAACAUGAGUAGGAAUUGGCCACAGGAUUUGUAUCAGAAGGUGGCGCAGUGCAUAUGAUAUGAUGGGGUCGGUGUUUGAUCUUGCCGAAAUGUUUUCUACUUGUGCUGGUGAUGUGCUGGUCCGAACUGGAAUGCUUCAGACUUUGGCAGAUGCAAAUGUUUUCCCAUACAAUUAUGUCGGCCAGAAGAGCUUUAUAUAUGCCAUGUCUGUCGGCUCAUCUGAUGUGUAAUGCUUGUGAAAUGUUCAACUUAAAAAUGCCCCACCAGCAAUUUGUAUUAAUCCAUGGUUGUAGAGCAGCAUUUUGAAUACCCAAUGUUGCUUAGUUCGAGAGGCUAUGGCGGCUCUAUUAUGUAC